UCAACGCAAUAUCGCGAAACAUCGCGAGAACGAGAUUUCGUGAGGACACAGCAGACAUGGCGGACAGGCUAACGCAGCUUCAAGAUGCUGUCAACUCGCUGGCAGAUCAGUUUUGCAACGCCAUCGGGGUGCUGCAGCAGUGUGCGCCUCCCACCUCCUUCAACAACAUCCAGACGGCCAUCAACAAGGACCAGCCGGCAAACCCGACUGAAGAAUAUGCCCAGCUGUUUGCAGCGCUGAUAGCCAGAACGGCCAAAGACGUGGACGUGCUGAUCGACUCUCUGCCCAGUGAGGAGUCCACUGCAGCUCUGCAGGCGGCGAGCCUGCGGCACCUGGAGGAGGAGAACCACGAGGCGGCCGCUCGCCUGGAGGAGGUGGUUUACCGCGGCGACAUGCUGCUGGAGAAGAUCCAGAGCGCCCUGGCCGACAUCGCCCAGUCUCAGCUCCGCACCCGCAACGGAGCGCCCAGCCAGCCGUCGCCUGCCGAGUCCUGACGCCCAGCGGACACACACACACACACACACACACACACUCACACACACACACAGCUCUGGAUGCAGACAAAAGACUCUAACUCACUGCAGUGACCCUCUCUCACACACACACACAGUUCUGGAGACAAACAGAAGACUUUAACUCACUGCAGUGACCCUCUCAUUCACACACACACACACACACACACACACACACACACACACACACUCUCGCACAUGCCGAAUGUCUCUGCCUGCCCGAAAUGUAAGAAGUAAACCUUUCAGUGUGACGUUUGACAGCUGAUUUACUGUUUUUGGUCUCUGAAAAAAAAAAGUCUUUAUUGCCAAAAAAAAAAAAAAAAAAAAAGAAGAAGAGGUUAAAAUAGAAUAGAUGUUGGUUGUGUUUCUACCUGCACAUUUUCUUUAUUUAA